AUGAUUAAGAUUAACUACUUUAUAGUUACACUUAGGACGUUUCGUUCCUCCUUUGUGAACCCCUAUCUCGCGAUUGGGCCUGCGCGGAGGCUAAUUCACACAACAGCAAUUCAAUUGACUCCGCAGCGCCCGCAGAAGCCACCUCUGGGCAAGCAUAAACUGCCCCCACCGCCACCACUGGCUCGAGUGAAUCUAAAGCAACCAUCUGUGCCUUCCUCGAGUACGACGAUGUUGCCGUGGAAGACCCUGGAUGAAAUUCUUUCAGUUUUUGUUGAGUACGUACCCACUUACUAUGUCCCGAUUCAAGGUGUCGCGGCUAUCAUGCCAGAGGAAAUACGUGCCCACUUCCAAGGACGCGGGAAGCUGAUUAGCUUCUUUCGACGCCAACCUUUUUUGUUCGAAUUGCGUAACCUCGAAAGCGGUUCGCGCAUUCAUGUUCGGUUGCAAGAAGGGGUUAGUCACCCACGAUGCGGUGUUGCGGAUCAGAAGUACAUGAUGACAGAUAUCGGUGUCGUUGAAAGCUAUGUCGCUAAGCCGGAGUUCAUCGUGAGCAUGGACUCUAUUGAGAACCCCAACAAGGGUGUUUCGCUCCAUCCGCAGUCCGCGCCGCCUGCUAUCCGGGUACAGUUGGAAGAACGCGUGCCGAUCUUAGAUCAGCUGGUGACCUUCAUUCCGGUUGAUUUUGAGCAUAUCAAAAACGUCGAGGAAAAUAUUCCGGACGAUAUUCUUUUUCAUUCGUACUUUGAUUGCCAAGGUGGGCUCUCCUCGAUCGCCAGCAAGUUCCCUGAUGACUUUCAGGUUGUGGACGGGAAAAUCCGAAGACGUCCCCCGCAUCUGGCACCCCUAUCUCUCAAUGACUUCACACUCAAGCAGUCCCCUAUCCCAGAGAUCGCCUCGCUUGUGGAACGCGAGGUGUGCAAUACUGACAUCCCGCGCUGGGUGAACAUUACCUCGCUCUACGAGCAGCUAACACCGCAGCAGAAGAAGGAAGUAAAGCAACAAUUUAAAAGUUUUGCAGGAUUUCUGCGUGCUCAUGGCAGAUCCGUGUCCGUAUCGCAGGAUAUGUUGUGUGUUUCCAUGUGGCUCCCACCGCCUGCUGCUCCCACAGAUGCAGCGUGUGAUGGACAAGCUUCUACUGCAAGCAGCGUUGAUGCAUCUGCACAGUGUGGUAGCGAAGCUUGCAUAGGUGAGACGGAAGCCCCUCGCCCCACGUGUAACGGCUCGGAUCCCGUUAAUCCAAGCAAUUCCAGGCUUCAGGAGCCUUUCAAGCGCAAUGGCAUUCCCUCAGAUGUACCUGCGCCGCACCUAAAGACGUCGCAAACAACGCCUCAAAGCACCCAUUAG